UGAGACUUAUGGAUCAACGCUAUAAAGGUAUUGCCCAUGAUGUUGGCCAGUCAGAGAUAUUGGGCCGCAUUCAUGUUGCUCUUAUCAAGAUUGGGAAUAACUUUUACCCGUGUUCAUUCGUGGUGCUGGACUCACCUAACAUGGAAUUUCUAUUUGGCAUGGAUAUGUUGCGUAAGCAUCAGUCAGAGCCGGCCACGGCUACAAGCGAGCCAAGCACCAGCUUGCGACCGCCCAAGAGUUUAUUAAAAGAAACGGCCGCCAUUUGCAACAAAUAUUCAUCAGCCCUACUGGUAAAUGUGAGCUAUUACAAGAGAAGAGAUUUCUGGUUCGAUUCCCACUAAGAACGUUUUAAA